AUGAUAAUGAGGAUGAGAUGGAAGUAGUUUAUAAUUUUUAACAUGCUCAUUGUCUUGGUUGCAUUAGUGAAUUAAUAAUAUAUUCUAAAAUCAGGUUGUGUAUAAUCUUCAUUUUUUGAAAAGUAAUUAAGUCAGUAAGAAAUUGAAAAUAUAUUAAUUUAGAAAGUACUUAAUACUAAAAAAAUGUGAAAAAUAUGUGAAUCACUUACAUAAUUCAAAUAAUAAUAUUAAUUCUAUAAUAGAAAAUUAAAUAAUAACGAUAUUAAGCUAGGUAAAUGCCAGCUUGUAAGUAAAAAGAAUACUAAUCAAAAAAUAUUUAGGCAUGUUAAGAUAAUUAAUUGCAAAAAUUUUUGUAAAGGAAAUAAAGAUGAAAAAUAUGUUUGGGUCGUCAUAGAAAUUAAGUUAAAAUUUCUUUAAAUAAUAGAUUUUAAUUUAAUUGUUCUAUUGCUAUUUUCAAGUUGGUUCCUACCUUUUUCCGAUAUAAAAUCGCUUUUUAAUUUUUUCAAUCAACUCCUCUAAGUUUAGAUUUUGA